AUGGCAAAGUAUAUUGAAAACUGGGAGGGCCUUCGCUGGCUUUUCGUAGACUCUCUUGUCAAACGGGGAUGCUGUGUUAGCAAGGAGCUUCUCAUCGACGGAGAAAUGGAGCUGUCGCUCUGGGUUCAGCCUGCUUUCUUGACAACUGGUUGGUUGAUCGUCGACUUGUUCGAAGCACGGCGUCAAGCACUUGGUCGGGAUCAAGGCCAGGGCCUGCAGGCCCUGGAGCCACGGCAUAACAAAGUUAGCCUCGAAACACGGCCCAACCAGGCGAGCUGCCCCGGCCGUGGCCAACAGUUUUGA